UAGUUCGAUAGUUUAAUACAUCAGCGAAUAGGCGUGAUUGUCGCGUCUGUCGCAUCGAAUCUCGAUACGAAACGAGAAAAUCGCCGAAAUCUGGUCGUUUAAAACCUCACUGAAGAGAAUCUAAGCCUUCAUCGCAUCUUAUCAUUAAUCUAUAUAUAUGUGGGGCAGAUAAGGUUUUUGUAGGACAUUCCGGGAACAGAUUCAAAAUGAUUGAGAUUACAGUGAGAACAUUAGACUCUCAAAACCACAAAUUCAAUGUGGAUGAUGAGUUUACUGUGCUACAGUUUAAGCAGCACAUUGCUAGUACUGUGAAUAUUGCUGCAGAGAUUCAGAGGAUAAUCUAUUCAGGCAGAGUGCUGUCAGAUGAAGCCAAACUGACUGAUUUGGAUGUGAAUGGCAAAGUAGUUCAUUUAGUUGAGAGGCCACCUCCCAGUGAUAAUCCAUCCAACAAUGACCAGCCAAACAGACCUGCAAAUACCUUACCUCCCCAGGCACAGCAGCAAAGAUUGCUGGGAGGCAAUACAGUGCAGUACUUGGGUUCAAUGGCAAUACCAUUUGAACCUCAGGCAUUGGUGCCACCGCCGCCCAACUUUCGCCUGGCGGCCAGUAGGUUAGCUGUAGCCAGGCGUAUGUUGAGACAUGCUGAAGCGACGAUUGCGUGGUUGGAGAACCCGUCACAGCCACGAACACAGAAUGAUGAUGUUCAAGUUGAAGUUACACCAGUUUUUGAAGCGAGAGUUAUCGUUCCAGCUUCUUCAAGCGAAAAUAUUGACGAGAACUUCAUGAAUGCUGUUCAUUCAUCUCUUUUAAAUAAUGCUGAAAACAUGCCUGUUAACUCAACAAUGGACCAAGCAACUGAGACAACUUCAGCUCAGGAAAACACCGCCGAGCCUGAAGGUACACAGUCGGCCGGUUCGUCUCCGGAGGCGGCUACAACUCCGUCCUCAACUUCGGUUGAAGAUUUAGCUGGCCCUAACGCAAAUCCACCCACCAAUGCCAAUGCACAAGAGAAUAUUUCAAGAACCUCUGAAAUGGCCGAUUUGCUUGAUACUCUCGCACGUUUACAAGCACGUUUUGCGCCAUUUUUGCAGCGGUAUCAAACUUUUUUGCGUGAAGACCCUGUACUGGAUGGAUCACGCAAUCGGCGCGAUACUGAUAGAACUUUCAACCGCGUUUCUGAGGUGCUGCAUUAUUUCAGUCAUGCCUACCAUUCUUUAAGUGACAUUAUUUUGCGCGUUCGGUCGCCGCCUCCAAGGCGGCUGGUGUGCCGUCCUAUUCUCAUUCAGCAAACAGCUGUUGUCCCAGCUGGUUUUCCCAUUCAGGUUGAGGCUCAGAUAAAUUUUUCAUCUGAUCUCCCAAUGCCGAAUUCAACCAGCAGCGCAACGCAAACAGCUGGUGAGAGUGUUCGCUCAAAUGCGACUAACAACGUUAAUACAGAGUCUACUAACCCUGGAGCUACGGGUAACAAUGGAGCUAAUCGCACCUCCAGAAUGACGAUUCCUCACUUCGAGUUUAUGAACAGCAACGUACAUGUGCAGUCGUUUCCAAUAAGUAUUCGCCCAAUGCGUAGUGCAUCUACUCCGCGACCAGCUACGACAACUGCGACUCAAAAUCAGGAAGCUCCUACGUCAAACACUGUACCAACAGACAAUGCAAACGCGCAGAGAGGUGCCAACAAUCCGAAUGUAGAGUUUUUCAUGGAGGUUACACCCGAAAGCAUCACGAUUGAUUCCUUGGAGUCAUCACUAUUAGGAGCAACACAAACUGAUGGUGGUACACGAGGAACAAAUGUGCCCCAACCAACUCCAGAAUUUAUUCAGUCGAUUAUGCAGAUGGCUGGACAACUUGUUAAUCGCGGCGCAUCUACAUCAAACAUUUCUAACAUCACUGUUCGACCUCCUCAAGCGGCGACAACCGAGGCGACUACAACAAGCGGUCAAUCUACUGCGCCUGGAACGCCUGGAACUCCUGGUCAAAAUGGUGUGCCUGGACAGAAUUCGCAGGCUCGCGGUAACACACAAACUCAUCCGACAACGGCUACGCAUACACGUAGCACUGCCCGCCCACAUGUACACUUCUCGCAGCAUGCCAUUCAAGGUUUCGACCCGUUUCUUCCAUGCAACUCGCAUCAUAUCAUGCAUUUAAGGCGACCCAGCACUCGUGCUUCCACGAAUAACAAUCAGAAUCAGCCAAACAACAAUAACGUGAGGCCACAGAAUGGCAACACACCUACUAAUCAAGUGAAUCCCGUAUUAAACUUGGUUCAGGGAUUGUUGGGCUCUCUGCAAAAUAUGUACGGACGAAGGGCUAGUACGCCAAAUACUGGCGUACAGACCUCAACUUCCGCACCGGCGAGUACUACGACGAGUAGUGGACCGGCACCUACUCUUAUCGGUAAUAGUGCUGAGGCUACUAUUCAAAACUUAUUGCAGAAUACAUUGUUUUCAGGUCUUUCAACUUUCAUGAUGCCCCAAAAUAUGGGCUCUAAUGAUCCUAAUUCGCGAGGACCUACAAUUGCGCAGUUGUUGCAAGAAGCCGGUGAUCAAGUCACCGGGGAGGAUAUUUUCAGCGAUAUACUUAUGCUAUUGUCGCAAAAUUUAACUAUUGGAGAUUUGAUGCAUUUGCACACCGGACGAUUAGAUCCGCUGUUGCGCAUUCGUAACGAAAUUCGUACGUUUGUUGCCGAUAGAAUCUUAGAAGGAAAUGCACCUACCCCACAGAACGUUCAACGUGCUGUAAAUAAACUUUUGAAUGAAAUGCAACCAUUCCUCGAUAACUUAUCACAUUUACCCGUACGUGACGAUAUUGACAUUAUACGAUCAACACAAUUACUGCUCCGCAAUCGCCUACCGAAUGCAAUUAAUCUUGCUGUUUCACAUCGGCCCAACUCGAUGAAGGCACUCAUCGACCACUUGAAGAUGACUGGUAGGCAUCUGUGUGCGUUGAUUCUGCAUGCGAGCUGUAACGGCCAGCAAGGAGUCGAAGACGUGAUGAAUCGCCUUGCUGCAAGCUAUAUGGAUGGCAUCGCUCCGGGCCUGCAACAGUGGACACAGAUGGAAACGCGCACACUUCUACACGAAUUUCUGCUGACCAUCGAUGUACCGACAAGUGCCUUGCAGCCCUACAUUGUUAAAACGGUUAAUAGCGUUAUCGCUGAAAAUGAGCCUAUGGAUGUAGACACUGCACAGGCUGCGACUGAAGAAGAAGCAGUAUCCAAUGUUUUGGGUGUGAUUGGUUUGGAUGAUGCCGAAGAUGUUCCCGCGGUUGUGAUUGGAUCAGAGUCAUGGCAUGGACAAGUACCACAGGAUUGGGUUCCUCUUAUCGCCAGGGACACACAACGACAACGACGACAAAGUCAAGCACCACUUAGCGAUGCCUAUUUGACCGGAAUGCCUAGUAAACGCCGCAAGGUUGUGACGAAUAAUAAACCGCAAGGCACUCUUCCUCAUGUUAUAUCAGAGAGCAUUAGGCGAGCCGUAACUACGACAGGAAACGUACCAGUUGCAAAUUUAGAUGCAGUUGCUGAAGAAGCUGGCGCCGAUUUGUCGAUACAAUCCGCCUACCGAGAUUUGCUGCGCACCAGCGUCCAAGCGAGUAUCCAAGAUAACGAGGAUUUUACGCCGGAGCGUUUCCCUAACGCGUCGUCAUAUUUUAGUAAAUCUCAAUAAACUAAUUAGUAUUAUCUAUCUACUGCGCCACUAAGUUGAUAUGAUAAAUGGCUAGUUUUGAUUUGUACAGCAUUUUUCAAAAGUGGAACAAUCACCUCUUAAUUAUAAUCACUUUCAAACAUAAUAUUUCAAUAUUUAAAUGGUAGUGCUACUGAUGUUUUGUCAAUAUCUUAAUUUAAGCAUUGUGUUUAUAAAAAUGUAACUGGUGAUGAAGCAAAAUGGGACAUAAUGUUGGUUUUUAAGAUGCAACAUGCUACUAUACAUGUAACAACGCUAAAUAAAGUUGAUUUUUUGUUGUUUUUAGAGUAAUAA